AUGAGAAGUGACAGUAGACUAAAAUUUGCAAAAUUCAUCCCAUAUGAAGUCAGAUUCCCAAUUAUUCUUCCAAGAGAGCAUUCGGUGACAAAGUUAAUCAUAAAAAAUUGUCAUGAGAAAGUGAACCAUGGGGGAACAAACUUGACAUUGGCUGAAAUUUCGAGUAGAUAUUGGAUCAUAGCAGCCAGAGAAGAGAUACGCGAAUGGGAAAAAAGGUGUGCUAAAUGUAGACGUCAAAAAGUGCAAACUUCAAAACAGAAAAUGGGUCCAUUACCUGUUGAGCGAUUUGGACACUCGAUGCGAGCGUUUACCAACACGGCAGUGGACUAUGCGGGGCCAUUUAUUACAAAGCAAGGGCGUGGUAAAACAAGACUAAAGCGUUAUCUUUGUGUAUUCACUUGCUUGACAGUAAGAGCUGUUCAUCUAGAAAUUGCGUACAGUUUAGACACUAAUUCCUUUUUGAAUGCCUUAAACAGAUUUGUAAGUCGUAGAGGCACACCCAAUCUCAUUCUGUCAGAUAACGGGACAAAUUUUGUUGGUUGUGUGAAUGAACUUAAAGAUCAUUACCAGAACCUUGACCAAAGUGCAAUAGUUAAAGAUGCUUCAAACCGGAAAAUUGAAUGGAAGUUUAUUCCGCCAAAUGCCCCACACUUUGGUGGAUGUCAUGAAUCCAUGGUGAAAUCUGCAAAGAAAGCUUUAUAUGCUUUAUUAGGCAACGCGGACAUCACAGAUGAAGAAUUGCAUACUGCAGUAGUUGGAGCAGAGAAUUUGAUCAAUAGUCGACCCUUGACGUAUCAGUCAUCAAAUCCCAGUGAUGAUAUAGUUCUAACACCUAAUCAUUUCCUGAUUGGUCAACUUGGCGGACGAUUCGCUCCAGAUAUUGUUAAUACGGACUGUUACGAUACAAAAAAGCGUUGGCGCUACGUUCAAGAACUGUUACGUCACUUCUGGAAACGUUGGAUUAGGGAAUAUCUACCAACUCUCGGAACUCGAUCAAAAUGGUUCAAAGAUUCUCGUGACUUCAAAGUCAAUGAUGUUGUUCUUAUAGUGGAUCCAAAUACUUCGCGAGGAUGUUGGUCUCUUGGUAGAAUAACAAAUUUACACAGUGGACCAGAUGGACAUGUUCGGGUGGUAGACAUUCAAGUUGGGAUAAGCAUAUUUCGGCGUCCUAUAACGCGUCUGAGUCUAGUUGUUGAAGCGGCUGAAAAUUGA